AUGUCCUAUAAACCAACAGCAUUCAUCAAGCGUAUUCUCAAUAAGCCAUGUUCCGAACUUGAGCUUGGUGCCCAGAAGUGUGCACACAAUCCACAAGUCAUCAAUCUUGGCACAGCUGAAAAUCAUCUUCUCAAUGACUUUUUAUUGCCACUUAUGAGAAGCCGUCCAGAAUUCAAGGAGUGGGAUUAUACAUAUUCCGGCUCUUAUGUUAAGACAAAUCUCAAGAAAGCCAUUGCAAACUUAUAUGAAACACAUUUCGGCAUGAAGAAUGUCAACCCAGAUCAUAUCCUUGUUGGUAGUGGCAUUGCUUAUCUCGUUGAAAUGAUUUCUUUAGCAUUCUGUGAACCAGGAGAAAUCAUUUUAAUUCCAAAGCCAUGCUAUGGCUGCUUCGAGCCAGAUAUGUGGUCUUCUGGUGCUAAGGUUCAGUACAUUGAGCUUGAUAACCUUCCAGAUGAACCACCAGCCGAUGCAAGAGUUUUAUUAUUGACAAAUCCAGGAAACCCAAUCGGCGAAGUUGUUCCAAACCAAGACAAGCUCCUUGCUUGGG